CAAUUUGGAGGGAAAGUCGCGGUGGUGGCCAAGCCAGUGGUGAUGAGUGCCGAUGCGAAGUGGAAUUGGAAGGAAAUCAUCAAGCAAGAUAAGGUGGAACGGCCAUCAUCUUUGUCGUUGUCUUCGUCCGCUGUUGUUGGCGGGACUCCGCAGGGCGGCGGCAUUGCAGUCCCCAAGCCCUUCUACUCCCAAGUCCCGCAUCGACCCAAGAAAGCGAAGGCAGCGUAUCAAGCGACAGGAAUCACGGCAGAACAAAAGCGUGCUGCGUCGCUUGCGCAAUACGGUGUCGGUCCAUCUCGAGACGGUGUCGGUCCAUCUCGAGACGCUGUCGGCGCGAUCCGCAACGUCUUCAUCGCCCAAUUGGCCGACGACGAGCCAUUGCUGCCCCUACGCAAAAAAGCCGACAUCUUCCGCAUCUACACUCCCGACAAGUCCACAGAGACUAGUACCGUGACGAACGUCGAAGAUCCACUCGUGGUGGAAGAGUUCUCCGGUCUUCGCAUCCGCGACCGCAAAGUGCCGGCGGAUGUGAUGCGCGAGCAAAUGGACGGUCGAACGUUCAUCAAGCUGGCCAAGCUGGAGACGUCGCGGCGGCAGGACCUCGAGAACUCGCAGUUGGAUUGGGUUACGAUCGGCGUGUUGGCCAAGUCGACGCUGUCCAAGGCCGCUUCGGGCAAUGCAUUUGUGGCAUGGAUGUUGUCCGACUUAGAAAACGCGAUGGCAACUUUGUUUCUGAACAAUGACGCGUACUCUUGCCAUUGGAAAGAGAUGGAGGGCAGCGUCGUGGCGGUGCUCAAUCCAUCCAUUCGACCUGCCAACGAAGCCGGCAAGUUUGCGCUCAGUGUCAGCGCUGGCGACAACAUUGUCAAACUCGGCACGGCCAUGGACUUUGGCAUGUGCAGGAGCCUCACGCAUGGCGGCAGGCAGUGCAAUAUCCCCAUCAACGUCACACAUGGCGACUACUGCGUCGUGCACGUCGCCGCCAAGUUCAAAGCGGCGGGGAAAGGCCGACAAGAGCUCAACGGGGCUGGCACAUUUCGGGCGGAUUUGUUCCAACACGGCGACAGCGUUCGAAACGUGUCGGCCGGCACGUACGGUACAAUUACCCACCAACAAACUCCAACCCCAAAGCAACCAAAACGAGUGCCAGCAAAGCGCAAGCGCCCGUCUGAAGUGUUUAUGGCCCCCCCCACCAUCACCACCACCCAAGUGGAUGCGAUGGGGGGGGUCGUCGUCGUCGUCCCUGCAGCUGCUGCCGCCACACCAUCCCAACGCCAGACUUCAACCUCCACGGCGCCGGAUUUCGUGCGAAGAGCCGACCCAAGUGGAUCGUUGGAACAGUUGCGCCAAGUCAUUCAAGGCGGCAAAGAGGGCCACAAGGCUGGCAGUAGUGGCCCCAAUAAUAGCACUUCCAAGAAUGCCCUCAUUGCAAAGAUCCUUGGCGUUGGCACGGGAGUGAAAAAGGUCAACAUGAUGAACCUCGUCAUGAAACAAACAGGUACGUCCUCUGCCCUGCCGCCUCCGCCACCCCCGCAGGCUUUGAAACCGCUCAAUUCGUCGACUACACACGGCAUGACUCGACCGCUGUCCACCGCGAAUGCGACCGCCGCCGCUACGUUGAACCGCCGUCGGCCUUCCCCACGAUCUAACGACGCACUCGCCAACGUCAAACGAGUAGCCCCUCCAUCUUCGAAUCGACGGGCCAGCCAAGUCACGUCGCUACGAGCAAGUGGUAUGUUGCCCGAGUAAACAAAUAAUAACGUACAGUAUUACACUGUUGGC